CUCUUCAAUUUUCCCGCUCCUUCGAAUUUUCCCGAGAAAAUUCCUUGAAAAGAAAAUCUUCUCUGUUUCUUUGAUCUGUGAGAGAGCGAUUGAGUUUGAAGUGUGAAGAACAACAGAAGCAAUGGCGACGAUGGCAGUUUCGGGAGCUACAGCCGCAGCCACCCCCACACCCGUGGCCGCCGCCACUGAAACACAGAAGAAGAACAGAAUCCAGGUUUCCAACACCAAGAAACCCCUCUUCUUCUACGUUAAUCUUGCUAAGAGGUACAUUCAACAACACAAUGAGGUGGAGCUUUCUGCCUUGGGAAUGGCAAUCACUACUGUUGUCACAAUUGCAGAGAUUCUAAAGAACAAUGGAUUGGCUACAGAGAAGAAAGUUUUGACUUCCACCGUCGGCAUGAAAGAUGAAAACAAAGGCCGUUUGGUUCAGAAAGCCAAGAUUGAGAUAGUUCUGGGGAAGUCUGAGAAAUUUGAUUCUCUGAUGACUGCGGCUACGGUAGUACCAGAGGCGGCGGUGGCGACAACGGCGGUGGUGGCGGCGACAGCGACGGUGACGGCAGCUCCUGCUGCUGCUGAAGAGAAAAAAGAAGAGGAAAGCAAGGAGGAGCAGUAGGGGGAGGAGGAGAGGUGAAUUUGAAUGUUACAUUGUUGUAGUUUAAGAAUCACAUUGCAAUGUUAUAGGAUAGGUUGUUUUUUUUUUUUUUUUUGAACGGUCACGUUUAUGAAUGACAUGUUAGUGUCGUAAUCCAUUGUGUGAUGAAGUGGAUUGUGCUCUCGAUCAAGUCGUCUGCUCUUCUCAUAGUAUGGUUGUGACCAUGUCAUUACCCAAAAAAAAUUGCAGUUUUUUCUUGUCUAUUGUGUUGAGAGGUUGCAUUUGGUUGGUACUUCUCUAUUGAAUCUAAUGAAGUAAA